UUGACAUAAUUCGCUCAGUGAGAGUCAGCUGCGUGAAGAGACUUUUAGUUAGUUAUUAGCACAUCAUAGAUAGGAUUACCUGUACAUUUUUGUUUUGUAUUUUACUAGGAUUACAGAUCUAUUUUUCGGAGCAUUUCAACAAACUUUUGUUUUUUUCAAAAAUGAUUUCGGAUAUUUUCUGUGUUGACAAUGAAGACAGCAUGCUCUGACUGAAAGAGCGUCCAGACACCAAAGAGUUACAGCUUCAGGUCUUUUCUAACAGAACUAUUUUUCCCACAUCAAUGAAGUUCAGGUGGCGACAGACAAGGUUGCUGGUAAGCUGAGUUCUACUCUCUCAUGGGUGAAGAACUCUGUGUCGCACACGGUCAGUCAGAUGGCUAGCCAGGUGGCCACGCCCACGUCCCUGCAGACCACUGCUACCUCCUCCUCCACGUCUCUGUCUUCGCCCGGCCUCUCACCGUCUUCACCAGGACAGCUCAGUCCCGACGAUGUGGAGCUACUCGCCAAGCUCGAGGAACAGAACAGGCUGCUGGAGACAGACAGCAAGUCACUACGUUCGAUGAAUGGCUCCCGACGAAACAGCGGCGCCUCCUUGGUGUCCAGCUCGUCCGCCUCCUCCAACCUGUCCCACCUGGAGGAGGACACGUGGAUCCUGUGGGGGCGAAUUGUCAACGAGUGGGAGGAUGUGCGCAAAAAGAAAGAGAAGCAGCUUAAGGAUCUUGUCAGAAAAGGGAUUCCACACCACUUCCGGGCAAUAGUGUGGCAGCUGUUGUGUAACGCCCAGAACAUGCCCAUCAAGGAUCAGUAUUCAGAACUCCUGAAGAUGACGUCGCCCUGCGAGAAGCUGAUUCGCAGGGACAUUGCCCGCACUUACCCCGAGCACGAGUUCUUCAAGGAGAAGGACAGCUUAGGCCAGGAAGUGCUCUUCAACGUCAUGAAGGCAUAUUCUCUGGUGGACCGUGAAGUCGGCUAUUGUCAGGGAAGUGCGUUCAUUGUAGGACUUCUGCUCAUGCAGAUGCCAGAGGAGGAAGCGUUUUGCGUAUUUGUAAAGCUGAUGCAGGACUACAGAUUGCGAGAGCUCUUCAAACCCAGCAUGGCUGAGCUGGGACUCUGCAUGUACCAGUUUGAGUGCAUGAUCCAGGAGCAUCUCCCAGAACUGCACAUUCAUUUCCAGGCUCAGAGCUUUCAUACCUCCAUGUACGCCUCUUCUUGGUUCCUCACCAUCUUCCUCACCUCCUUCCCGCUGCCCGUCGCUACAAGGAUCUUCGAUAUCUUCAUGUGUGAGGGUCUGGAGAUCGUUUUCCGUGUGGGACUGGCCAUCCUUCAGAUGAACCAAACUGAACUCAUCCAGCUCGACAUGGAGGGAAUGUUACAGCAUUUUCAGAGGGUCAUCCCUCAUCAACUUGACAGUGGACCGGAUAAGGUCAUUCAGGCUGCUUAUCAGGUUAAAUACAACGCCAAGAAGAUGAAAAAGUUAGAGAAAGAAUACACUACAAUCAAAACAAAAGAGAUGGAGGAACAGGUGGAGAUAAAGAGGUUGCGGACAGAAAACAGGCUCCUGAAGCAGAGGAUAGACACACUAGAGAAAGAAAGUGCUUCCUUGGCAGAUAGAUUGAUCCAGGGACAAGUGACUCGAGCUCAAGAGGCAGAGGAAAACUACCUGGUCAAACGGGAGCUGGCCACGGUCAAACAGCAGAGCGAGGAGGCCAGUGCUCAGCUGGAGCAGGCCAAGAAAACCAUCAGUCAGCUCCAGCAGCAGCAGCAGCAGCAGCCACAAGCGAAGGGAGCCAACCGGUUCUCUGAGGAGUCCGUCCUGCAGCUCGAGAGGGAGCUCGUGCAGGCCCGUCUGAAGGAGGCAGAGUCCCAGUGUGCUCUCAAGGAAAUGCAGGAUAAGAUCCUUGAUAUGGAAAAGAGGAACACAUCUCUACCGGAUGACACCAAUGUGGCGAGACUGCAGGAGGAGCUGAUCGGGGUGAAGCUGAGGGAAGCUGAGGCUCUGACUGGACUGAAAGAGCUGAGACAACAGGUCAGAGAUCUGGAAGAGCACUGGCAGCGUCAUUUGGCACGCACGGCCGGUCGCUGGAAGGACAGCCCCAAGAAGAACACUUUGACUGAGCUGCAGGACGAGCUGAUGAGUGUGAGGCUGCGUGAGGCCGAGGCCCAGGCUGAGCUCAGAGAGACCCGACAGAGAAUGCUGGAGCUCGAGACGCAGAAUCAGAUUCACAGUAACCAGAUGCGGCGGUCGGAGCAGGAGAACCGCGGUCUCCACGGGCGCGUUCAAGAACUGACGGUGCAAAACAAAGACCUCCUCGUGCAACUGCAAGAGAUCAAGCGAAAACAAGCCGAGAUUGAGUGCAAGAGUAAGGAGGAAGUGAUGGCAGUGAGGCUGAGGGAAGCUGACAACAUUGCUGCUAUGGCUGAACUCCAGCAGCAGAUCUCAGAACUUGAAAUUCAGAAAGAAGAAGGAAAAGUCCAAGGCCAGCUGAACCACACAGACUCGAGCCAGUACAUCCACGACCUCAAAGAUCAAAUAGCAGAGCUAAAGCACGAGGUUCGCUGCUUAAAAGGCCAGAGGGGCUUGGCCGGCCAGUCCGCUUUUGACGGGAUCCACAUCGUCAAUCACUAUGGGGGGGACGACGAGUCCUACCAGUCUUCGGAUGACGACGGCGUCAAGGACGCCACCCUCCAGGACGGCCAGCAGAGGGGCGGCGGCGGCCGCGUCAAACUGCGCGCCAACCUCAGAGACACGGACAGCGACGAGGACGAGGACGACGGGGAGGCCCUGCGGCUCUCCGUCCCUCAGAGCGGCAGCCACAAGUCCACGGCCGUGUGACCAAGCCGGCACCCUGACCGAGGGAGGAAGGGUGCUCCCAGCGGCCGCUCCACUGGAGGGGGUCUGCGUCCGAACUUCGAAAAACAGAAAUGCAUCAUCAUUUCAUACUAGGAUCACACUUACAGAUUUAGAUUUCGUUAUUUACCUCCCUUCUGCAGUUUUUUUUUUCUUCUUUUUUUGGCCUGUCUCACACCACUGACGGGGGCAGAGGUCAGUCUAGACCUCAGCACAAGUUCAAAUAAUGUGGAGCAUAUCUAACUCUACCAGGCCACAGAGAGGGGGGGGGGGGGGGGGUCUUUGUGUCACUCCUCUGAUGCCUCCCGUAGGUACAACACAGACACAGAGACUGUGCAAUAAAACAUUUUAUGCUACAUUACACACUUCAUCCAACGUGUUUUUAUACUUUUAAAGCGUUUUAUAAAUGGACAUGAGAAAUGUCUCGAUGCCGUUACCACUAAGUGUCCAUCACUCAGAGGCAGGACUGUAGGAGUGUGUGUGUAUGAGUGUGUAUAUAUAUAUAUAUAUAUAAAUCUAAAUAUCUAUUGUCUUGAUGAGCUCGGUAUCAAAGCCGCUCCUAUCAGCCAGCGAAGGCUUGAUGACGUUUUGGCCUUAGCACAUGCUGCACGCCUUUCACCGGGGUCAAUGUGACAUCUGCGUACAUGUAGAUAUGUAAAUGUGUAUCAUGUCUUUUUGCCUUUUUUUUUUGAACUUGAACAUAUGUAUCUAUUGCAUAUCUGACGUUUGGAAUAUAUUGUACACCUGAGAAAAAGGGACAUGUGCGUUAGUUCGACAUGGCGACACAAAUGAUGGAUCCUGCUUUUGAGACAUGCGCGGUGAUUUCCUGUUAGAAGAAUUACUCUCCGAUCAUUAGAAUCCUUUAUCACGCUGUUUUUUUAAUCAGCGAACAGAAACAACCGUAGUCCCAGAUGGGGGCAGAUUUAUUUCUUAGCUACGGUUGCUAUUGUUCUCUAAAAGGAUCCCUGCUUUACUUUCGCGAUGAGGAGAAAUGAGAAAGCCAAUAGUGGCUUCGCUGAUGAGUCAAACCCGAGUGACGCCUUUCAUGUAGUUUUCUACCACAAAUUUGCACGCAAAUGGAUGACAGUCCGAGGGAAGGCGAGCUGGCAGAUGAGGCAAUGCAACACGCAGUGCGCAAAAAUCUGGAGGGGAAUCAGGAGCUGCUGAGUGUUACCAAAGCGAGCACCGUGUUCUGUGUUGUGCUCAUCCACUGUGUGCUCAUCCACUUUAAGUGCAAGGACCUGGAUGUGUCAAAGUGAAUUUCUCUGAAUGUCUUUAAUGAACACUAAAUCCUGUAUUCAGUGAAAAAAGAAAAAAAACACAGCGAGUGUGAAUGCAGUCAACAUGUCCAGGAAACCGAAAAGACUGAGAUAAUGACGAUGUCCCUUUCAUGACGCUGAGUGUUGUUUAAUGGGAGAGGAACACGUCAAGGCACUUUUUUUGGGGUCUGUAGUGCAGUAAGGACACGCAUAGCAACACUAUGGAGCAGCCGGCACACUCUGGAAACUAAAUGAGAUUGUUUUCUCUGUGUGUGUGUGUGUGCGUUUGUGUGUGUGAUGAGUUCACAAUAAAAUGUUGAUAAAUCCUU